AUGUCCAUGCUGCCCACGUUCGGCUUCACGCAGGAGCAAGUGGCGUGCGUCUGCGAGGUGCUGCAGCAGGGCGGCAACAUCGAGCGGCUGGGCCGUUUCCUCUGGUCCCUACCCGCUUGUGAGCACCUCCACAAGAACGAGAGCGUGCUCAAGGCCAAGGCCGUAGUCGCCUUCCACAGAGGGAACUUCCGCGAACUCUACAAGAUCCUGGAGAGCCACCAGUUCUCGCCUCACAACCAUCCCAAACUACAGCAGCUCUGGCUCAAGGCGCACUACAUCGAAGCCGAGAAGCUGCGCGGCCGGCCGCUGGGCGCAGUGGGCAAGUACAGAGUGCGGCGCAAGUUUCCGCUGCCCCGCUCCAUCUGGGACGGCGAGGAAACCAGCUACUGCUUCAAGGAGAAGAGCCGCAGCGUGCUGCGGGAGUGGUACGCUCACAACCCCUACCCGUCCCCACGGGAGAAGCGGGAACUGGCAGAGGCCACGGGCCUCACCACUACGCAGGUCAGCAACUGGUUCAAGAACCGGAGGCAGCGGGAUCGAGCGGCGGAGGCGAAGGAAAGGUACGAGGAAAACAACGAAAACUCCAACUCCAACAGCCACAAUCCACUGGCCACGUCCCUGAACGGCAGCGGCAAAUCCGUCCUGGGCAGUUCGGAAGAUGAGAAGACCCCAUCGGGGACCCCGGACCAUUCUUCCUCCAGUCCCGCGCUGCUGCUGAGCCCGCCGCCGCCGGGCCUGCCGCCCCUGCACAGCCUGGGCCAUCCGCAAGGACCCAGCGCUAUCCCGGUCCCCAGCGGAGACCCCCUGCAACAUCACCACGGCCUGCAGGACUCCAUUCUCAACCCCAUGUCUGCCAACCUGGUGGAUCUGGGGUCUUAGAGACACCAAGCUGGGUGUGGUCCCGCUGCUUCUCUGACUGCCCUGCUCAGGCCCCCGCCCCCGUGCCCAAGCCCCUCUCACCCUCCGUCCGCCCUUUCUUUUGAGUCCAAAAAAAAUUUUUAUUAGAUUGGAAACUGUGUUUUUUUAAAUGAAAGAAGGCAAAGUGCUGAGAAGAAGCCGAUCUGUCAGCCUUGUGCGCUGGUGGGCUGGCGGCGGGGACUGGAUAAGGUACUGUAAAGAGCCUGGACAGUAGCGGGAUGAAGGCUUAAAGGGGUCGGGCCAGGGCCGGAUGGAACGGGGAGCCGGGUGCUCAGCGCCGGAGGAAGCGGGGGCGAUCAUCUUUAUUUUUGUUGUUGUUAUUGUUGUUUUACCCAGGUGAGGGUCUUUUCUCCAUCGUUUGGACCUGUUUCUUGAACUUGGGGUGGGAAUAAAUUCUGGUCUUGGUGCCGGCAGUUUUGUUUCUCCGCUUGGACUUUAUCCAUGACCAGGCUAUCUCCCGGAGGCUGAUCACUCUACCUUUUCCUCUCUUCUUGUAUCUCUCCGCCUGUCUAGCUCUUCACUUUCCCUCGACUUUCACUUUGGUGCUUGCUUUCUCUAAAACCGUCUCUUCUGAUUUUCCGUGCCCUCCUAAUGUAUUUCCGAGACUGUUUCUUUUUUCUUCCCCUCUCACACUCCCCAUUAUCCCCAACGCUCAUCUUUAUAUUUCUGUCUGUCCCUCUGCCUGUCUUCCCUCUGUCUCUCCAUCUGAUCCACCACCACCACCACCACCCUC